GCCUCGGAACUACAACUCCCAGAGUCCUCUGCGCCUCCAGGAAGCAGCGUGUCUGCGGCGGAAAAGAUGGCCGUCCGGCUCCUGCCGUGAAGGGUUGUUGGUCGUGAUCGUAAAAAGUAGUCUGGACCUGCACUUAACUGGGUUAUGGUGUUCCGGCACAUGCACUGGGGCCAGAGAAGCUAGGGCCAGGUAUACCAAGGAUGCAGCAAUUCUGCAGAUCCAAGGGAUCAACCUGGGGAAGUUUGUGGGCUGGGAUAUGAGGACUCUUCCUCUUCUCCCAAGCCCACUCUGAGUAGACUGUCCUGAGCCCAGGCUGGCUAUGAAGACUGACUCCUCGACAUCUGCAGCCCCCCUCAGGGGCCUCGGGGGGCCCCUCCGGAGCAGCGAGCCGGUGCACGCCGCCCCAGCCCCGUCGCCUGCUGUGGUUCUACUGGAGGAGGCGGCCGACCUCUUGGUGGUGCACCUGGACUUUCAGGCGGCGUUGGAGACCUGUGAGCGGGCCUGGCGGAGCCUGGCUUCGGAUGUCCAGGCCGAGGAGCACGCCGGCACCUCCCUGGAGGUGAAAUGCUCGCUGUGUGUUGUGGGGAUCCAAGCCCUGGCAGAAAUGAACCGGUGGCAGGAAGUUCUCUCCUGGGUCCUUCAGUAUUACCAGGUCCCUGAAAAGCUACCCCCCAAAGUCCUGGAGCUGUGUGUUCUUUUAUACAGCAAAAUGCAAGAGCCUGGAGCCAUGCUGGAUGUGGUCAGUGCCUGGCUCAAAGACCCAGAUAAUCGGAGCCUUCCAGAAUACAGAGCCUUGGCAGAUCUUCACCUGCAACGUGUGCUGCUGCCCCUGGGCCGCUUGUCGGAGGCUGAGGAGCUAGUGGCAGACUCUGUGGCCUUUUGUGAGGAGCAGUGGCUAGAUGCACUCCAGGCCAUUCGCAUGGCCAGGCAACAGCAGAAACACGAACACCCAGGUUCUGAGGAGGCCCAGAAGCCAAACCAGGCAGACUCCUUCUCCCCCAAGUUUCUGUCACUACUGAUGUUGCUUCGACGGCUUUGGGAUUGUGCAGUGAGCCACGUCUUUUCAUUGCCCUUCAAAAGAAGCCUCCUGGCUGCCAUGAUUUUCUGCCUCUUGGUGGUGAGGUUUGACCCAGGUGGGAGUCAACUUGACUUGGAAGGGAAGACCAGGCCUAGAACCCGUCAGAGCAGUCCAUGAGUCUGAAGAAAAUCCACUCUACCCUAUUGACCCCUGAACAUUGAGUCACUUAGCUGCUUUAUCCAGGGGUGAACGCUGACUAUCAAACCAGUUGCUGUUGAAUCAAUUCCGACUCAUGACGAUCCCAUGUGUUGAAGAGUAGAACUGUCCUCCAUUGGGUUUUCAAUGGCUGUGACUUUUUGGAUAUAGAUUGCGAGGGCUUUCUUCUGAGGUGCCCCGGGUGGAUUCAAACUGCUAACUUUUUGGUUAGUAGCCAAGUAUUUAACUGUUUGUGUCUAGAACUCUGGAAUUAAAAACAAAAAACUUUCAUAUCAUGACGUUUGAGGAACCCCAGUGGUGCAGUGGUUAAGUGCUCAGCUGCUAACCAAAAGGUUGGUGAGUUCAAACUCACCAGCCGCUCUGUGGGAGAAAGAUGUGGCAAUCUGCUCCCAUAAAGAUUUACAGCCUUGAAACCUCUAUGGGGCAGUUCUGCUCUGUACUAUAGGGUUGUUAUGAGUUGGAAUUCAACUCAGUGGCAGUUGGUUUGGUUUUGGUUUGGGACCAUGGUGUUUAAAAGAACUAAGUGCUAAUUUAAGAUAAAAUUUAAAUGAAAUACUCAUACAUUCUGAAAGUGUGGAAAAUAAGACACAUAUAAAGAAAAAAACAUAAAUGACCUGUGAGUCUGUCGCUGUGUUAUUGUUGUUAGGUGCCAUCGAGUCGGCUCCGGCUCAUAGCGACCCUAUGCACAACAGAACGAAACACUGCCCAGUCCCGUGCCAUCCUUAUAAUUGUGGUUAUGCUUGAGCUCAUUGUUGCAGCCACUGUGUCAAUCCACCUUGUUGAGGGUCUUCCUCUUUUCUGCUGACCCUGUACUCUGCCAAGCAUGAUGUCCUUCUCCAGGGACUGAUCCCUCCUGACAACAUGUCCAAAGUAUGUAAGACGCAGUUUCGCCAUCCUUGCCUCUAAGGAGCAUUCUGGCUGCACUUCUUCCAAGACAGAUUUGUUCAUUCUUUUGGCGGUCCAUGGUAUAUUCAAUAUUCUUCGCCAACACCACAAUUCAAAAGCGUCAACUCUUCUUCAGUCUUCCUUAUUCAUUGUCCAGCUUUGACAUGCAUAUGAUGUGAUUGAAAAUACCAUGGCUUGGGUCAGGCGCACCUUAGUCCUCAGGGUGAUACCUUUGCUCUUCAACACUUUGAAGACGUCCUUUGCAGCAGAUUUGCCCAGUGCAACGCGUCUUUUGAUUUCUUGACUGCUGCUUCCAUGGCUGUUGAUUGUGGAUCCAAGUAAAAUGAAAUCCUGGACAACUUUAGUCUUUUCUCCGUUUAUCAUGAUGUUGCUCAUUGGUCCAGUUGUGAGGAUUUUCCUUUUCUUUAUGUUGAGGUGUAAUCCAUACUGAAGGCUGUGGUCUUUGAUCUUCAUUAGUAAGUGCUUCAAGUCCUCUUCACUUUUAGCAAGCAAGGUUGUGUUAUCUGCAUAACACAGGUUGUUAAUGAGUCUUCCUCCAAUCCUGAUGCCCCAUUCUUCUUCAUAUAGUCCAGCUUCUUGGAUUAUUUGCUCAGCAUACAGAUUAAAUAGGUAUGGUGAAAGAAUACAACCCUGACGCACACCUUUCCUGACUUUAAACCAAUCAGUAUCCUCUUGUUUUGUCUGAACAAGUGCCUCUUGUCUGUUGCUGUAUUGGUUGUAUUUUCACCUAUAUCCAUGGAUAUAGAUAUUGUAGCAGUUUUGCAUAUGAUAUAUAUUCUUUAAAACAUGGCUUUAAAUGACCAAAUAAUAUUCCAGUUUACAGGAACUUCCAUGAUUGAUUUAACAACCCCCUCUGGUUGAAACAUCUUGAUUAUAUCUGAUUCUGUUUUCUGCCUCACUGUGUAACACUGAAGUGAUCUCCCUAAGUGAUGUAUGAGGGCAACCUGAUAUUCCUUGAGGGUUAAUCCCUAAAGGUAAGCACUGGGCCAAAGGUUAGGAGCUCACACUUUAGAUUAUUUUUGUAUUAUACUAUGUGGAUUAUGAUCUAAUUUCUGUACUUCUUAUGAAGUUAGAAUUGUAUAACUUUCAUUUUCUUUUUCUUUCUUCCUCUUUCUUUAUGGUUGAGAAGCCUAAGACCAAGGAGGGAAAGUAACUAGCCCGAGGUCACACAAUUUGUCUAUUUGAAAACUGCUACAUUUCUCCCUGAUGCCUUAAUUAAAAAAAAAAAAAAAUUUGUUUUUGUUGUUGUUGCUGAGAAUAUAUAGCGGAACUUGCACCAAUUCAAUCAUUUUUACGUGUACAGUUCAGUGACAUUGAUUACCUUCUUCGAGUUGUGCAACCAUUCUCACCCUCUUCUAAGUUGAUCCUCCCCCAUUAACGUAAACUCACUGCCCCAUAAGGUUCUUAUCUAAUCUUUCAAGUUGCUGUUGUCAGUUUGAUCCCAUAUAGGUAGAUCUUAAAAGAGCAUAAUGGUCAGAGCAGACGCCAGAUACCUAUUAGAAGAUUCAGAAAAAAGUAUCUUUAUCUUCAUGUGCAAGCAAAGAUGGAAACCCUGGUGGGAUAGUGGUUAAGUGCUACGGCUGCUAACCAAAGGGUCGACAGUUCAAAUCUGCCAGGCGCUCCUUGGAAACUCUAUGGGGCAGUUCUUCUCUAUCCUGUAGGGUCGCUAUGAGUCGGAAUUGACUCGACGGCACGGGGUUUUGUUGUGGCAAGCAAAGACGGCAAUAUUAGGGAGUAAGAUUCAAAAUAUGUGUGUACUUUUCAGAUUAAAAAAUGGAACUUCAAAGAACCUGCCCAGCUGAGCUGUGCUCCCCUCCAGCAGGGGCUUGGGAAGUCUGAGCAGAGGCAGGAGCACCCUGCUGAGAGGGUAGCAGAGGUCUUUGGUCUCUUUUGGCUCUGGGCAAGUGAUCUCUACUUUAGGCCCAAGUCUCCAGGCCCCACUAAAACUGCAAUUUCCUGAUUUAAUCUUUAGAUCUUCCAUACUUCCCCUAUUUUCUUUUAUUCAACCGGCUUUUUUUUUUUUUUUUGGCAUAGCUGAAAGUUGUCUGUUUAAUCCCCUCACUGAACACUGAGGAGGAAUUCCCUCUGAACCACUUGGCUUUAAGCAAGAGUCACUAGCUAGCUUUCAGGAAAGCUAAGGAUAGUUUGUGUUCAUUCUUUUUCACUUCUGACUUUUUACUUUGUUCCAGAGACUUGAUAAACAUUUAGAAAUCUUUUACGGUUCUUAUAAGGAACCCCGGUGGUAAAAUGGGUAAGUGCUUAGCCGCUAACCAAAAGGUCAGCAGGUUGAGCCCACGAACCUCUCCAAGGGAGAAAGAUGUGGCAGUCUACUUUUGUGAAGAUUACGGUCUUGCAAAUCCUAUGGGGGCAGUUCUACUCUGUUCUAUAGGGUCUCUAUGAGUUGGCGUCAACUUGACGGCAGUGGCCUUGGUAUGGUUCCUACAAACGCUUUAGUCUCAUAAAUACUAGUCUCCUCAGAGGGUAAGGCAUGAGACCAUUUGAACUUGCUGUUGCCAAGGCUGCUCAGAGCUUCAUCAGAAGUGCCCUGGCCUGACAGGUCCUGAGCCUCAAUGGUAGUCUUGACUCAUCACAGUGGUGGUGUGGUAGAAGAGGAUGACCUGCAGCAGGCAGCAAUUGGAAUUCAGUGGGAAAGAUAAAUAUGAUAGAUUGUCAUUCUCUUUCUUUAAAAAUAAAACAUUUUUUUUCUUUCUGAGAAAGGAUAUAUGUCCCCAGUUUAAAAAAAAAAAAAAUCAGUAAUUCAAGUAAGAAAAAACCCAGCUCCAAUUUCAGAGAAAUUGCUUUAUUUUCACUAUAACUAAUUCAUGUUAAAAAUGAGGAGCCCUGGUGGCUCAGUGGUUAAGUGCUUGGCUGUUAACCAAAAGGUUAGCAUUUGCAACCUACCCAGUGGCUCCAAAGGAGAAAGAAACUGAAAGGAGAAUUUAUAUUCCAGUCCUUUCAUUUUCUUUUUCUUCUUUCCCCUUUCUCUUUCUUUUUUGGUUGAGAAACCUAAGACCCAGAGAGGAAAAGUGGCAGUCUACUCCUAUAAAGAUUAUAGCAAAGAAAAUGCUACGGGGCAGUAGUACUCCGUUACAUGGGGCCACUAUGAGUUGAAAUCGACUCAAUGGCACACAACAACAACAUGUCAAAAUAGGUAAUACGGUCACAUGGUUCAAAAUUUAAAAGGUGUAAAAAGGAACGUAGUGAAACAUCUGUCCCCAAGCUUAUCUCCCUAGAGGUUGCCACUGUUAGUAGUUUUUUUUGGCAUAUCAAAAAGUUAGAUUAAAACAUAAUAAAUUUGUAUCUUUUUCUCAGCAAAUUUAAGGUCACUGCAAUUCAAGUGAAGACAGCAUACCCCAGAGAAUAUCCUAGAGAAAGUGAAAUUCCUUAUUGUUGGGGACAGGAGGAGGAGCAAAUAACAUUAAGCAUAAAAAUAUCUUUUAAAAAAUCAUACAUAAUCCCUGGUUUCCAAGGGAUGGAAGAUGGGGCUAAGUGAGGAGGAGGGGAGUGAGGGAGGGACAUUCACGACAGCCUU